AUCGCCUGAGUAAAUACCUCCGCCCAUGUGAAUUAUGCUUGCAGUGAUACACUAGUGUGUAACACUAAACAAAGAUAAACUCUCUUCUUGAAAUAACUUUUCAUACUCAUGCAAAUUUAAUGUUUUGCAAAGGUCUGAUAAGGAAUGGCAUCGAAAUCCCUAUGCUCGCGAAGAGAUCCUGUUUUGAAAAAGAGAGAUGACUUUGAAGACGUGUUGGAAGAACGGAGGAACUCAAGUGACUUAAGAUAUGCAUUCAAGUGUUACGCCCCCGUGCUCUACAAGGGUCUCAGCCCGUGCACACCCACUAUGCUUAAGACUGUGGUCCUGCAGUCAGAACCUCUCCAAUAUGCCAUUAAUCAGGUAUCAGCAGAAUCAGGCGAGUCUGUGGAGUUGGUCCAGGAGGAGGCGGCGGCCAUCUUGGAGGAGAUGGCUCACCGGUUGAAGCUCAGCACUGUCCGCUUCUUUGCAUUCACCCUCAGCAAGGCCUUCAAGCGCCUGUUCCACAGCGUUUGUGUCAACGAGGAGGGCCUCCAGAGGCUUCAGCAGGCCAUACAUGAACAUCCAGUGGUGCUUCUGCCAAGCCACCGCUCCUACAUGGAUUUCCUCAUGAUGUCAUACAUCCUGUACACAUGUGACCUCAAGCUGCCUGUCAUAGCGGCAGGAAUGGAUUUUAUGAGCAUGAAAUUUGUUGGGGAAAUGUUACGUAUGUCAGGGGCCUUUUUUAUCCGGCGAUCCUUUGGAGGAGACAAGCUCUACUGGGCUGUGUUCUCUGAAUAUGUCAAGACGAUGCUCAGGAGCGGUUAUGCUCCAAUUGAAUUCUUCCUAGAAGGCACAAGGAGCCGCACAUCAAAAUCGCUAACACCAAAGCUAGGCUUGUUGAAUAUUGCGAUGGAGCCAUUCUUCAAAGGUGAGGUGUUUGACGUCAGCCUCAUGCCCGUCAGCAUCAGCUAUGAGCGGGUACUGGAGGAGGCGCUGUAUGCCCGCGAGCUGCUCGGCGUGCCCAAGCCCAAGGAAUCCACCUCGGGUCUGUUGAAAGCAAGGAAGAUCUUUAGUGAAGAUUACGGCAGCAUGCACGUGUACUUUGGAUCCCCGGUGUCAGUCCGUAGCCUGGCACAAGGCCGGAUCAACCGCUCUCAGUACAACCUUGUGCCGAGACACAUUCCUCAGAAACCGAGUAACGAGAUCCAGAGCUUUGUGAACGACACUGCAUAUCAGCUGGUGCGCAUGCAGGAGGAGAACAUGGUGCUGAAGCCCUGGGUUCUCAUCGCCACGGUCCUCAUGCAGAACCUGGACGGGAUGGAACUCUCCCAGCUGGUGGAGCAGACUGUAUGGCUGAGGGACCUAGCUCGGUCCUUUGGAGCGUUCCUGGACUGGCCAGACCACACCUCCAGCAGUAAGGUGGUGUCGUCCAGCCUGUCUCUGCACCGUAACCUGGCGAGCGUGUGUGGGGGCCGGGUGUGCCUCCUGGUGGGGCGGCCGCCGGGGCCGGAGAGCCCAGAGACGGCUCUGUUUGAGCGGGCGGUGAGCGUGCUCUCCUGCGCCUCCUACAGGAACCAGAUCCUGCACGUGUUCCUGCGGCCGGCGCUCCUGGCCGUGGCCAUGCAGGCCGCCACGUCCCCCAGGAAAGAUGAGGUGUACAACUGCUUCAGCUUUCUGCGUAACAUGUUCUCCAACGAGUUCAUCCUGUGUCCCGGAGAGUCUGUGCAAGACUUUGAUGAGGCAUGCUACUUGCUAAUGAAGUGUGGAGCAGUGCAGAUGUUACCACAGGGGAUUGGGACCACAGACUCAGGCCGUGUCACCCUGCCCUACCUCUGUGCCAUGCUAGAGCCCUUCAUGCAGGGAUACCAGGUGGUGUGCCGAUACCUCUGUGAAGAAACCACCGACAACCUCACCGAGAAGCAGUUCGUUCCUGCUGUUAGGAGCUUUGCUGUCAAGCUCCACUUAGCAGGCAGCCUGAGAUGCUACGAGGCGCUGUCCUCUGACUUGCAGAAGAACGCCCUGGCUGCUCUCCUGAGGCUCAACGCUGUCAAGAAGGUCAAAAUGGCUGAUCAGGUCGUACUCAAAGUGAACAAGAUGGCGGUGAACUCGCUGGAAGACACUUUAGGCGGUAAGAUUCCCACUCAGAAGCCUGUCCUCGCCCGGCUGUGAGCCUUUGGCUCUUCGCAGCGCUCCGAAGUAAGAGACUCCGGAGAGGAAGCAGACUCCAUGCCUUCAUUAGCAUAAAGCCAAAUUUUCCAGGACUGCACCAUGUUUUUUUUCCCCCAACUACAAAGACUGUUUGUCAUCAAGUUUUAUUUGUGUGUGUGUGUGUGUGUGUGUGUGUGUGUGCGCGCGUGUGUGUGCGCGUGUGCCUGUGCCUGUGCCUGUGCCUGUGCGUGUGCGUGUGUGUGCGCGUGUGCGUGCAUGUAUUAUUGUUGUUUGAUACAUAGAGACUUCACUGGGAAUGCUUAUCAUCGAGGAUGCAAUUUUUGUGUACGACAAAAAAACACCUGUGAUUUCUUUUUGAAAAUGUAUGUCUGUUAAAGUUAGCUUUGCCUGCACACGGGCACCCGCCACUUAACGCAUAUCUCUAACUGCUUCCUCUAACGAGUUGGUUGUGCUGCCAAAUGCAUUGAGAUUUCACACGUUCUGAGGCACAGCAAGUUGCCAUGAACACAACGGACAGACCUGUUUAUUCAGAAAAAAGGGGAGGGAACAGGGGGGGGGUUUGCUUUGCUUUUUUUUUUGCACACUGUAUUUAUUUGUUUGCACGAGGUUUUGAAACCUAUUUUCCCCUAUCAUUAAUGCAUAGAGAUCAUGGCCUUUCUAUUUAAAAAUCAUGUCACUUGAAGUCUAUUUUCAAUUCUUCUAGCUAAUGACAUGAAUAUUGAAGGGAAUCAGAAAGAAAUCAUACUCAAUGUGAAUCAAGACGACUAGUAAUAAUGCCAACUUGUUACCUUGUAUGAGGAAUACUUCAGUGUGUUUACAUUUGUCUCACCGUCAUCUAAUGACAACUGCGCAUAGCUCAGCCUGUCUGUAUUCUGAUUCAAGCAGGCGUGCCUUACGUUGUUUCUGAAAUUGUACAUUCUACAUGAAAUGAAGUGUUCCAGAACAGUAGGGUGCCAGUUUCCUGCUAGAAAAAUUGGAAACCAUUUUUUGGGGUGUUUCUAUUACGACUCCAAACCUAAGGGAAGGGCUAUGACUUAAUGGAAUCCUGUUAGAGACAUUUUUUGCUUUUAAUACUUGGAUGCAUAUUUUUUUUGUAACUGAAGAAUUUCUGUUCUGCAUCUAAACAACUGUUUACAAAACCAAGGUCCAAUGCAGCUGAGGUACAGUAGCACUCCAAGGUGUCAAGGGUUUGGGAAGCGCUCUACUGUGGGGCCUGUGCCAAGGCAAAGGGUCCACAACACGCCUCCCCACAUAAAGGUCCAUCCCAAACCAGGAACAAAUACUGACCCUUGACCUUUCCAAAGUAGUUUGCCCCAUAUCAUUUUCUUGGACACUACUGUGUAUGCAAGUGUGUGUGUGUGUAUGAAAGAAAGGGAGAGAGAAAGAGAGAGAGUUGGGUAUGUGUGUGUGUGUUGAGUUGGAUCAUUGUUUUCCUAACAUCAGAUGUUGUUAUUGACUGUUUGUGUGUGUAACUAGGGUAUGUAAAGCGCUUGUGUGAAAGUCCUAAGACUGUGAAUAAGCAGACAAUAAACCUUUCCAGAACAAA